AUGGCGCACAACACUCCACCAGUUUACGUGUCCAACACUCGACAAUUGCAAUGUUUUCUAAGCUUAAAGAAAAGCGAACAACUACGUCUCUGUGUGGAGAUUACAGAGAAAAAGGAUGACAGCUCAGACGUAGAAGCUUCAGAAGAAGAAGCUUCAGAAGAAGAAGCUUCAGAAGAAGACGCUUCAGAAGAAGACGCUUCAGAAGAAGACGCUUCAGAAGAAGACGCUUCAGAAGAAGAAGCUUUAGAAGAAGAAGCUUUAGAAGUUGAGUCUAUAGAGAAUGGGAGUUACGAUGGUUGCAGUUUGGAGGAUGAACAAGAUGAAAUUGAGAAUGACUGCUUUAGUAACGUUGAAAUACACGACGUAGCCGGAGAAGAUGAAAUAGAUGAUAACUUCAGCACAUACGGUGAGUCUCCUAUCGAAGAAGACGAAGAUUCACCAACGCUACCUUCGAAGAAGAGAUAUCAGAACUUCUUGAUGAGCGAAUCUAAAGGGAAUCUGGAGGUUUUGAAGUUGGAGAUGUCGUCGUUAGACCUUGCGGUAGGACAACGAUACUUGACUAAAAAGCAUUUGAAGAGACGACUGAAACUUUUUACAGUGAGGCAUCAAUUUGAUUUUGAUGUAGAAAUAUCAAACCUGACAACAUACGUUGUUAAGUGUUGGGUUGAUGGAUGUACAUGGAGAGUUCGUGCAUCUACCGAAGGAUUGUCCCCGCAGUUUUAUAUUCGUAUUUACGACUCGGAUCAUGCAUGUUCUGUAACUGAGCGUUCUAAUCGAUCUCGAAAUGCAACACCGGAUAUUUUAGGAGAGUUGUACAAGAACUUUCUCGGCGACGUUGGUCCGGCCGUUCGCCCUGAGAGUGUCGGAAUAGCUAUCACUAAGCAGUUUGGUGUAAAGAUGGAAUAUUGGAAAUCACACCGGACGCUUAAAUGUGCAAGGGAAAUCGAUGAGGGCACACCUGAGUGUGGUUUUGAACUCUUGCCUUCUUACUUAUACAUGAUAAGAAGGGCAAAUCCGAAUACAGUUACGCGUCUUCAAAUCGAUGAGCUUGGAAGAUUCAUGUAUGUGUUUCUUGCGUUUGGUGCGAGCGUUAAUGGGUUUCCUUUCAUGCGCAAAGUUGUUGUCGUCGACGGUACGUUUCUUAAUGGUAAAUAUAAAGGGACGCUACUCACAGCACUAGCUCAGAAUGGUAACUUUCAGAUUUUUCCAAUAGCCUUCGCAGUGGUUGACACUGAAAAUGAUGAUUCGUGGAAUUGGUUUUUUACGCAACUAAAAGUGUUGAUUCCUGACCAGGAGGGUCUUGCGAUAAUAUCAGAUAGGCAUAACUCGAUAGGGAAAGCAAUUACAAAUGUGUAUCCGUUAGCUGCUCGUGGAAUAUGCACCUAUCAUUUGUAUAAAAACAUAUUGGGACGGUACAAAGGAAAAGAUGUAUUUCGGCUGGUGAAGAAAGCGGCGAGAUGUUUUAGAAUGUCUGACUUUGAUAUGAUUUUCGAGGAGAUUGAAGCACUUAAUCCUGAUCUCCACGGCUACCUCGAAAGAGCUGAUGUCAGACUGUGGACACGUGUUUAUUUCCCAGGCGAGAGGUACAAUUUGAUGACUACGAACAUAGCGGAAUCAAUGAACAGAGCAUUAUCGCAUGCUAGAGGUCUUAACAUUGUUCGAAUAUUGGAAUCGAUACGGGUUAUGAUGACCAGAUGGUUUGCUGAACGAAGAGUGGAUGCCAGAUCGCAGUCAACCACACUCACGCGCGGUGUGGAGAAACUAUUACAAGGACGUGUAAGUGCCUCCCGGGAUUGGACGGUUCAAAGGAUUGAUGACCAUCACACUGAAGUUAAAUAUGGCGCUGCUGGCGAGUCUUUGAAUGUUGUUAAUUUGGUUGAGCGAAAGUGCACAUGUCGGCGUUUCGAUGUCGAGAAAAUACCAUGUGUACACGCAAUCGCAGCUGCAGAGGAAAGAAAUGUUUCUCGAAUAUCACUGUGCAGUCCUUACUAUAAAAGCACUUAUUUAGCUAGCGCAUACGCUGAAUCGGUCAUGCCGGUUGACUCAGCGCUACCUGUUCCAGAUAACGUGGCUAACGUACAGUGCUUUCCACCGUUUAUUCGUCAACAACCGGGAAGACCUAAAGAAAAUAGGAUGAAAUCUGCUUUAGAAGUUGCACUUGCAAACAAACGUCCUAGGAAAGAGCACAUAUGUUCUCGUUGCAGUCAAAGUGGACAUAAUGCGAGAACUUGUCCGACAUAA